AUGACGAUACCUCCCAGAGAGAAGGAAAUCCUUGUUACCGGCUAUCUGGCCCAAAAUGUCACUGAUGGAGAUAAUUCUUUCUUUCUUUUUUUCUUUCUUCUUUUUUCUUUUUUUUUCUUUCUUUCUUUCUUUCUUUCUUUCUUUCUUUCUUUCUUUCUUUUCCGUCCUUCUUUCUUUCUUUUCCAUCUUCUUUCUUUCUUUUCCUUCAUUCUUUCUUUCUUUUCUGUUUUUCUUUCUUUCUUUUCUGUCUUUCUUUCUUUCUUUUCUGUCUUUCUUUCUUUUGCGUCCUUCUUUCUUUUCCGUUUUUCUUUCUUUCUUUCUUUCUUUCUUUCUUUCUUUCUUUCUUUCUUUUCUGUCUGUAUUUCUUUCUUUCUUUUCCGACUUUCUUUCGUUUCCGACUCUCUUUUCUUUCAUUCUUUUCCGUCCUUCUUUCUUUCUUUUCUGUAUUUCUUUCUUUCUUUUCCGACUUUUUUUCGUUUCCGACUCUCUUUUCUUUCAUUCUUUUCCGUCCUUCUUUCUUUCUUUUCUGUCUUUAUUUCUUUCUUUUUCGACUUUCUUUGUUUCUUUCCUUUCUUUGUUUCUUUCUUUUCCGUCCUUCUUUAUUUAUUUAUUUCUUUUCCAUCUUCUUUCUUUUUCCUUCUUUCUUUCUUUUCUGUAUUAGAUUCGUUCUUUUCUGUCUUUCUUUCUUUUUCGCCUUUCUUUCUUUCUUUUCCGUCUUUCUUUCUUUCUUUCUUUUCCGUUUUUCUUUCUUUCUUUCUUUUCUGCCCUUCUUGCUCUUAA